UCCAACUUUCAGUGCAGCCCCUCCCUUUACAAGCACUCUCUCUCCCUCUCUUUAGUCGUCUUCUUUUGGAACUCGCUCUGAUAGGGUUUCGAAUCUUCAUCUUCUUAACCCUAAACCGAAUCAAUUUGGAUUUCUGUUUGAGAUCCAAAUCCUGUUGAGUUCUCCUUCAUUCCCUCGCACAUACCAUGGCGACCACAAUUGUGAGCUCCGCUGGUGGCUUGCUGGCGAUGCUGAACGAGUCCCAUCCCAUGCUCAAGCUUCACGCUCUCUCCAACCUCAACAACUUGGUUGACAACUUCUGGCCUGAGAUCUCCACUAGUGUCCCCGUCAUAGAGAGUUUGUAUGAAGACGAGGAGUUUGAUCAACAUCAAAGGCAACUUGCUGCACUUCUUGUAUCAAAGGUCUUUUAUUACUUGGGUGAACUUAAUGACUCCUUGUCUUAUGCCCUUGGAGCUGGUUCUCUGUUUGAUGUUUCGGAGGAUUCUGACUACGUGCAUACUCUUCUUGCUAAAGCCAUUGAUGAAUAUGCUAGCCUAAAGGCUCAGGCAGCAGAGUCAAGUGAUGACUCUGUGAAGGUGGACACUAGGUUGGAAGCUAUUGUGGAGAGAAUGUUGGAUAAGUGUAUCAUGGAUGGAAAGUACCAGCAAGCUAUGGGGACUGCCAUUGAAUGCAGGAGGUUAGAUAAACUGGAAGAAGCAAUUACGAAGAGUGACAAUGUUCACGGGACUUUGUCGUAUUGCAUUUACAUCUCUCAUUCCUUUGUGAAUCUUAGAGAAUACAGACAGGAGGUUCUUCGACUCCUUGUCAAAGUAUUUCAAAAGCUUCCAUCUCCUGAUUAUCUUAGUAUAUGUCAGUGUCUGAUGUUCUUGGAUGAACCAGAGGGUGUCGCAAGCGUAUUGGAAAAGCUUUUACGUUCUGAAAAUAAGGAUGAUGCCCUUCUGGCAUUUCAAAUAGCCUUUGAUUUGGUAGAGAAUGAGCACCAAGCUUUUCUCCUAAAUGUUAGAGGUCGCCUUUCACCCCCAAAGUCUCAACCUGCAGAAUCUGCGCUGCAAAAGGCCAGUGAUCCAGCCCCAGAUGCUAGUGCAAGUGUACCAGAUGAUGUUCAAAUGGCGGAUGAUGAUUCUGCCUCUAAUGUAAAUGUGCCUGAGGAUCCAAGUGAAGCUAUCUAUGCUGAGAGGCUAAACAAAAUAAAGGGAAUUUUGUCUGGAGAGACUUCAAUACAAUUGACCCUGCAGUUUCUGUAUAGUCACAACAAAUCUGAUCUCCUUAUCCUAAAAACAAUAAAGCAGUCCGUGGAGAUGAGAAAUAGUGUCUGCCACAGUGCAACUAUCUAUGCUAAUGCAAUUAUGCAUGCUGGAACAACUGUAGACACUUUCCUAAGAGAAAAUUUGGACUGGUUGAGCAGAGCAACUAAUUGGGCCAAAUUUAGUGCAACUGCUGGUCUUGGUGUUAUUCACAGAGGCCACUUGCAGCAGGGAAGAUCAUUGAUGGCACCUUACUUGCCUCAGGGUGGGUCAGGUGGUGGUGGUAGUCCAUACUCUGAAGGAGGUGCUCUGUAUGCUCUUGGUCUAAUUCAUGCAAACCAUGGAGAGGGCAUCAAACAAUUUCUUCGUGAUAGCCUGCGCACUACCACUGUUGAGGUUAUUCAGCAUGGUGCAUGUCUAGGUCUUGGGCUUGCAGCUCUAGGAACUGCUGAUGAGGAUAUAUAUGAUGACAUCAAAAGUGUUCUCUACACCGAUAGUGCUGUUGCUGGUGAAGCAGCUGGCAUAAGUAUGGGGUUGCUUAUGGUUGGAACAGCCAGUGAGAAGGCAAGUGAGAUGCUUGCCUAUGCACAUGAGACGCAGCAUGAAAAGAUCAUUAGGGGUUUGGCUUUGGGGAUAGCUCUUACAGUAUAUGGAAGAGAAGAAGAAGCAGACACCUUGAUUGUGCAGAUGACUCGGGACCAAGAUCCAAUUUUGCGUUAUGGUGGUAUGUAUGCACUGGCCCUGGCAUACAGUGGAACAGCAAACAACAAGGCCAUUCGACAGUUACUGCACUUUGCUGUGUCUGAUGUGAGUGAUGAUGUCAGAAGGACGGCAGUUCUAGCAUUGGGAUUUGUCUUGUACUCUGACCCAGAGCAGACUCCUCGAAUUGUUUCUCUCUUAUCUGAGUCUUACAAUUCCCAUGUUAGAUAUGGCGCAGCACUUGCUGUGGGCAUUUCUUGUGCUGGUACUGGUCUUAGUGAGGCCAUAUCUCUACUGGAGCCUUUGACGUCAGAUGUUGUUGAUUUUGUUCGUCAAGGUGCCCUUAUAGCAAUGGCUAUGGUCAUGGUCCAGAUAAGCGAGGCUAGUGAUGCUCGUGUUGGAACAUUCAGGCGACAACUAGAGAAAAUAAUUCUGGAUAAGCACGAGGAUACCAUGAGCAAGAUGGGAGCAAUUUUGGCCUCUGGAAUUCUUGAUGCUGGUGGAAGAAAUGUGACCAUAAGAUUGCUUUCCAAGACAAAACAUGAUAAAGUUACUGCGGUUGUUGGUCUUGCAGUUUUUAGUCAGUUUUGGUAUUGGUACCCUCUCAUUUAUUUCAUAAGUUUGUCAUUUUCACCCACGGCUUUUAUUGGCCUGAACUAUGACCUGAAGGCUCCAAAGUUUGAGUUCGUAUCACAUGCAAAGCCUUCAUUGUUUGAAUACCCUAAGCCUACUACUGUACCCACCACUACGUCUGCUGUGAAACUUCCCACUGCUGUUCUGUCAACGUCAGCUAAGGCCAAGGCUAGGGCUAAGAAAGCUGAAGAUCAGAAGGCUAAUGCUGAAAAAUCAUCUGGGACAGACUCAACCUCGGUUGCCUCAGGUACAGGGAAAGGAAAGUCUUCCAGUGAGAAGGAUGGAGAAUCCAUGCAGGUUGAUAAGGUCGAUAGCCCACCGGAGAAGAAGUCAGAGCCUGAGCCUUCUUUUGAGAUUCUAACCAACCCAGCUAGGGUGGUUCCAGCUCAGGAGAAGUUUAUUAAAUUUUUGCAAGACAGCAGAUACGUUCCAGUUAAGUUGGCACCCUCAGGGUUUGUGCUCCUUAAAGACCUGCGGCCUACUGAGCCUGAGGUGCUUGCUCUGACUGACACACCCUCCUCUACUACCACCUCAGCUGCUGGUGGAUCAGCAGCAGCACAGCAGAGUUCUGCAUCAGCCAUGGCAGUGGACGAAGAACCCCAACCUCCCCAGCCAUUUGAAUACACCUCGUGAGUUUUGUGUCCUGACUACGCGAAGGAUCUUCAUUGUCCAUAGGAACUUGGGGUUGCAAAGGAGAGAGGUCCCAAACGGGACAAAUCAUUUCUGCUUCAAUGUUGACACAAGUUUGGAAUCCUGGGCAUGGAAACUUUUGUUUUUAAAAGCACUGUUAUAGAUGUCUCAUGCUGCAGUAGGCAAUCGAUCUGUGAACUGGUUCUUAUUAUUGUUACUAUUUGCUUUCAAGGAGACACAGUGGAAGAUAGAAGCGGGAAGCGGCCAGCGUGGAGGAUUUUAAUGUGUUUAAUUGUGCCCCCUACGUUCUUCAAGAAAAUUUCUGCAAUUACUGGUCUCUGAUUAGGGUUUGUAGUAGCGCUGGUAGUCAUGCUUUUCUUCUGGAAAAUCGGAGCGUUUAUCUCGUUUAUAUUUUAUAACUGGCAAUUUGCAGCUAUGUACGUCUUAAGUGAAUUCCAUUCCAUUUGAUACAUGUACUGACCACUUUUAUCGUAUGCGAAUUUGUUCAUCUUGUUUGGGUAGUUAA